GCAUCAUGGCAUGGACUUCGUGGAUAGCAGCGCUCUCUGGAGAGACAGUGAGCCUGGGAUGUGAGAUUCAAAAUAGUUCAGAUCUGCUGUACUGGUUUGUACAAUUUCCCAGCCAGUCUCCAACCUCACUGUUAUAUCACCAUCGCACCAGCACCACCGCCACUUACUUUAAUGGUUUCGGGUCUCGUUUCUCUCCCUCGUUUGAUUCAUCCACUCAAAGCUCUCAGCUAAGGAUCACAAAUGUCAGUGUUUCAGACACUGGGAACUACUACUGUGCUUUCAGAGUACACGGUGAGAUGAGAUUCGGGACAGGAACCAUGCUAACAGUGACAGGUUCUGCUGACAGGAAGGGAAGGAGAAAGGAUGGAUCGACUUGUGUUGUUACUGAAGUGAACAGGGGUUAUGCCCAGUUAAUGUUGAACGCCACACUGAGUAACAGAAGAGUGACUGGUGAGGCUGCCAAAAGCCAAACAAAGAGGCUGAACAUGUACUGCAAUGUCACGCUUGAAGAUGGUCUGGGAGUAUUGGAGAUGUGUCAGUGUGAAACCAUUGAAACAACAGCAGCAAACCAUUCUGCAGAGAGGUUGAAUGGCCUGGAUUUGUUGAUGUGGUGUUUGGGUUCAGUUAUUGGGCUGUUAAUAAUAACACUGCUCUGCGUUCUCAUUUACUUCACUUGCUGCAGACACAAAGGUGCAAAUAACUUACCGUCAAAUAUUUGGACUCCAGCCCCACAGUUAACUGAAGUUGGUUCCAGGCCAUUCCCCAGGGACCGACGGUUACCACGAGAGCAACAGUUGCCAGGAGACCAGCGGUUAUCACCAGAGCAGCAGUUACCAGGGGACCUGUGGUUACCACGGGAACAACAGUUGUCAGAGGAGCAGUUACCAAGGCUUCCUGAUUUGUCACCACGGCAGGCGUUGCUAUGGCACAAACAAUUGCCACGGACACAGCGAAUGCCAGAGGAAACAGAAGUGCUUUACUCAGCCUUAGAUCUGAUAGCAAUGGACAAAAGAAGGAAGGAAAGAUUAUCUUAAUCAUGAUGGAGGGGCCCUUAUUUCAAUGCUGCAUCCUGAACUUGCUUUAGACUGUUAUCAGGGACCUAUUGUCCACCGGAUGUUCAGAAGAUUGCAACAUUAUAUAACUUAAAUUCACAA